GAGCUUGUGUCAAGAUAUGAGCAUUAUACGUUUGUAGAAUGAGCAACUUUGGACAGAUUCUGUCUGCCAUCGGGGAGUUUGGUGUUUUUCAGAAGCGCUUGCUGGCCGCGAUAUGUAUCCCCAACAUCUUUCCCGCCUUCCACAUGUUUUCCCAGGUGUUCACAGGCCUGAAUGUGCCACAUCACUGCAACACAAAAUGGAUCCUGAGUAUCGGACCGAACUUGACCCGUGAGGAACAACAGAACCUGACACUCCCAAAGGACCCAGAGGGAGCCUAUGAAAGCUGUUCCAUGUUCACUCAGGUGGACUGGGACCUGGAGUCCAUCAAAGCCCACGGGAUCAACAGCACCUCAGAAUGCACAGAUGGAUGGCAGUAUGACACAUCCUCCGGCAUAACCACGCUGGUCACUGAGUUCGACCUGGUGUGUGAAAACAGCGCUCUCAAUGAAAUCUCUCAGUCGAUCUUAAUGGCUGGUUUUCUAUUAGGAGCCCUGGUGUUUGGACCAAUGGCAGACAAGUAUGGCCGCCGGACCAUGCUCCUGCUCUCCCUCUUCCUCCAGCUGCUGUUUGGGGUUGGGGCAGCCUUUUCGCCCAACAUCUAUGUUUAUAUUGGCUUCAGAUUUGUGGUUGGCAUGACAAUAUCUGGAGUUUCUAUGAACACAUUUGUUCUAGGUACUGAGUGGUGCGGAACCUCGAAGCGCUCCUUCUGCGCUAUUGUCUCCCACUGCUUCUUUGCUGUGGGCCAAAUACUCCUGUCGGGAAUAGCUUAUGGAGUACGACAGUGGCGGACACUGCAGCUUGUGCUGUCCGCACCUGUCCUGGCUUUUGCUACCUUAUACUGGAUUCUCCCGGAGUCGGCAAGGUGGCUCCUGAGCCAGGGGAAGCAGGAGAAGGCCUGGGUUUUGAUCCAGAAGGCAGCGCGAGCCAACAAGAGCAACGUGCCAGAGAAAUUCAUGAAUGAGAUUGAGACCAAGAGGGCACAGACAACAGGUCGCAUGCUGGAUCUUUUCCAAAUGCCCUACUUGAGAAAGCGUUUUCUGGCUAUGUGCUAUGUUUGGUUUGUGACCAGCCUGGUGUUCUAUGGACUGAGCUUUAACGUGGGAAAUUUUGGCCUUGAUAUUUAUCUCACACAGUUCAUAUUUGGCGUUGUUGAACUCCUGGCUCGCCUGGUGUCUAUCCCCUUGAUCGAACGCUUUGGAAGGCGGAUAUGUCAGAGCUUUUUCUUGCUGUUUGGGGGAGUAGCUUGUCUUAGCAUUACAGCAAUUCCAGAAGACCUACCAGUGGUGGUGACUGUCAUAGCAGUUAUUGGGAAGUUUUCUCUUGCUUCCUCCUUUUCAAUCGUCUAUGUCUAUUCUGCAGAGCUUUAUCCAACAGCUGUCAGGCAAAAUGGUGUGGGCUUGAACUCUGCAUGUGCUCGUGUAGCAGGCAUCCUGGCCCCUUUGGUCCGACUCCUUGAUGUCUACCACAAAGCCAUUCCCAAUGUCAUAUAUGGAGUGUUCCCACUGGUUGGUGGAGCAAUAAGUUUUCUGUUGCCUGAGACGCUAAACACAGAUCUUGCAGAUCACACAGUUUCCCUUGAGGAAAAGAUCAAGUUGUCCCCAAACAAAAUGAUUGAAACUGAAACUGGAAAGAAUGCAGAAGAUAGUAUAAACCAAGAGAAUCAGGUGUAAUGUUUUGUAUUGUGUAAGUGUCAAUUUAAUGUUAUUUUUUAUGAAUUAAAUUAACUUUUGGUGUAUAAA